AUGGCGGACGAAACUGGAUCUCCGCAGGUGCUGGCACGCGAGCCCUCCGACUCUAUCGCCAACGAAACUUCCUUCAGAUUUACACCCGUCAAAGCGUUGCGCGCGAUCCCCCGCCUGUGGGAGCGCAAACCAGCGACCCCAUUCCAGACUGGCGUGAAGCGCAAGCUGUGGAAGCGCUUCCAGACUUCUUUCUCCAGCAUGCAGACAGUUGACUCGUCGGCCGCAAAGGACCAGGACGCGUUGCAGGCAGCCAUCAAUACUUCCAAGGAUGCAGCAUAUGUGCGCGGAGUCAAGCGCCUUUGCGUUGCGACCGACGAUGUUACAGAGACAAACAAUGAAGGAUUGUCUCUAUUCAAGACCCCUUUCCUUGAGACAAAGUGGGACUCGGAGGCUUCCCGCAAGCGACGCAAAUUACCAGAGUCUUCCUUUGAAGUGUAUCAAGAAAGUACAGCAAGCACUACACAGAUUUCAAACAUCGAGAGCUCUCAGGAGCAACAUGACUAUGUGGAUGCGGGUGGAAAGCUUGCCGUGAAAGCCGCAUCGCCUGUUCUCUUCAAAGCUCCCCGCAGCCCUGCCAAUACAUCUAUCUUCCGCGAAAUGACCACCCUCAACUCUAGCGCCGAAACCUUAGCGCAAAUUGAUUCUAGUUCGACCGAGGCUAAAGAUUGCGCGGAACGCACGGCAGAAGAAAAUGACGCACCCAAGGAAAACACCGACGUGGCUCCAACACCGACGAAGAUUGUUCGGGGUCCUACCCAAGCGCAAAAGGUCUCUCUCGUUCGGUCGGCCCUCCGGAGCACUCUGAGUGGGGAGGAUGCGAUGCUGCUCGACGAAUUCUUGUCCAAGGCGCAGGCGAAGCGGGAAGCCAAGGCCGCCGUGCUCGAAAAUGUAAUGGAAGCCGAGCUUGCCUUCAUUACACCCAGCGUGGAGGAUUCACCUUGCUCGACAAAGCAGACUACUCCGCGGCCACGACGCGCUCUGGAGGAUCUCACAACCAACUCCCCCUCACCUACCAAGGCGCAGAUUUCGCCGUCCAAAAUUCACCUCGUUGUCGGCAACGAGGCAUUUGACCACGUCAACGUCAAACCCCUUCGGAGGAUGAAGAAGAGCCCUCUCCGGGAAGUCCUGCAUAUCGACGAAGGAACGGAAUUUAUCUUCCUCAAAAACACCGAGGCCCAAGUGGCCUUGACCACACGGCGCAACACCAAAGUGAACCGAGGCAGCGCCGUGAUGCCCAAAUAUGUACUCAUGGCGAUGGCCCAGGAGGAAUCUUCCAGUCCCGGCGAUGACACUCAGGGUGGACUACAGCCGGAUCGGGUGCACUCGGGUAGUCGCAAGACCACCUCCAAGUCACGCAAGACCGUCACCUGGAACGAGGAGCGCAUGGUUGAAUACGAAGGCGGUUCUCCCGUCCGUGUGUCUGCGAAAAGAGUCCACGUAGAAGAAUACCAUGACGCGGAACAUGACACUCAGACGCCUGAAGAGUCUUCUGCGACUGCACUCGCUGCAAAGCAAACAGAGGAUCAAGAAACCUCGGAUCCGCGCACUUCUCGCAGUAAGAGAUCACGAAAGAUCGAGGCUGGGAAGAAACCUAGUCUCAACGACACUGCGAACGAAGCAACUGCCGCAUCGACCACGCCGCGGUCUCGUCGUGUUCGAAGGCUCGGCGAUUCCGCAAUGACCUCUGAGACAGUAGUGAAGACCGGCAGUGGAAGAGUGAGUAGGCCUCCUGCCCAUCUGGCCAGCUCGGCACCCGCUCCGACCACCUCUGCCAAUGGAGGCCCCUUGACGCCCACCAAGCCACGUCGCAAGCUUGUACCCAAGUCUCCCAGCUCUAGCGCGGCCUCGUCAUCAACCGUCAAGGCGGGGGCCAGCAGUGCGGUCGACCAGCCGCACUUUGCUAGUGGAAUCCCUACUCGGAGCACCGGUGGGCUCGAGGGGGCGAAACGAAAGAGCAUCGGGCAGGCGAAUGCGGGAUGCACGCCGAUGCCGAAGCGGGUUCGGCAACGGUCAUGA